AUCUAGUCUUUUGUAAGAAGAGACAUUGAAUAUAUACUUCCAUUUUCAUCUAUACUCCAGUUUCAAAUCAGAUGAUCAGACUUGCGUUUCCCAAUCGGGAAACUCUAUCAGGUGACACGCCAUUCCCGGGGAGAGUUAGCGCGUCUUUAUUUAGCUUUUGAGCCGCAUGCUGAGUCAGCAAUCUAAUUUCAGUUCUUGAUCUUUUUUUAUCUACGAGAAGAACCAAUUAUAUAUAUAUACUACCACAGCAAGUUUGUUCUUUUAGUGGGAUUCAUAUAGCCAGAGCCACCAUGGCAUUUCGCGGUGAAAGAUUUGUCCUUGACUUAGACUCUGACAAUGGCCAGCCUUCAUCUGCACCUCCAGCUUCCUCUAUCUCCAUUCCGGGCCUGAUCGGCGAAGUCCGCGAGCGCUCACCUGCUGCCGCUCCAGCUCCCCCCAAACCUGCUGUAGCUGGAUUUCCUGCCCAUCGUCGCCGCGCCAAGCAGUCGGGAUUCAAACAACGCCGAGAACUCUUUUCAGACAGUCCAUCUAUAAAUACAGCCCAAAAUGAUGAGAAAAGGAUCAUUGAUGAUGAAAACCGUCGGCAGUUAGCCACUAUGUCCGACGACCAGAUUCAACAAGAACGAGAGGAAUUAAUGACAUCUAUGGAUCCCUCAUUGCUUGAGCGUUUCCUUCGCAGAGCCCGUAUUGAUUCCGAAGAGUUCAAGUCUGAUCUUCAGCCAGACCCAUCACCGUCUAUUGAACUUCCGGCAAAACCCGCCGACGCAGUAGCUCCUCGACCCAAGUCUGUAUGCGAAUCAAAACCUCCGACCCCUCGAGAUGACCUACCUCCCGCGCAAAUGCCCGACGACCUUCAUCCUGCCUCUGAAUCUCUCCCCAGCUCCAUCCACUUCCCUACCCCGCCGUCAAAAUCGAAUGCAAUGCCCGAUCUAGACCCGUCAUCACCGUCGUUUCUGUCCGACCUUCAAGCCCACUAUUUCCCAAAUAUCACCCACGAUUCCUCCGCUCUUUCCUGGCUUCAACCGCCUUCCACAGACUCGGAUGCCCCAGACGCGACCUCCGCCUACCAUCCGGCUAGCAAUGCUGAAGCCGUCCACCCUGCCGCGCUCCGGUUCUCCUUCUUUGGGACGCUGCUUUCACCCAGCACUUCUCUUGCUCUGCCGACUAAUUUAGGUCUCCACCACCAUGGCAAAGACCCCCAUGCCGCUGGUUACACUGUACCUGAACUAGCCAUCCUUAGCCGCUCCUCCUUCCCCGCCCAACGUUGCAUUGCGUGGCAGGUCCUUGGCCGCAUCCUCUUUCGUCUUGGGAAAGGUCAGUUUGGAGAACGGGGGAGUACACUGGUAGAGGGGCUAUGGUCUGUCAUUGAACGCGAGGGUGUGGUCGCUGGCAUGCUAGCUGAGGCCGAUGGUACAUCAACCGGAGCGACGCGCGCAGAGAAGGGGCCUGCAGCAGAAAAACAGCAGGAACAGACGCCAAGGCCUAAGGGAGUCGUUGGUCGUCAUGCUAGUGCUAGUGCGUGGGCUGUUGAGGGCGUAUGGCUUUGGCAGAUGGGUGGUGGUGGAGACCGGGGGAUUUUGAAAGAAGGGACUGUUAGAUCUCAAUAAGUCCUUUCUUCUCCCCACUUGAUGCGUGUGAUUUCUCUUUCAAACGACCGGAUGUCCCCAGAUAAUGAACAUAUAAUGAACAGAACUAAAGUUAUUCACUAGCUG